AAAUGGAACGUCGAGGUUUUUAAAAAAAAAUGGCGGGAAAUUGUUAAUUGAAAAUUGUUCGAUGACUGAGAAUAAAUUUGUAUUUGCUGAAAAGUUUUUAAAUUUAAUUUUAUCUUGAAUUAACACUUCAGAAGUGGGAUAUUUUCAAAAUGUCUGGACCUUACAUGGGUGGAUUGGGGAAACGACAAAGAAGCAGUAAAACAGAAAGUUCGGAAGACGAAAAUAAUGGAAUUUUUUUUUCGGAAAACGAUGAACAACGCAAGAAUGUGAAAAGAAGACACGUUGCCCCUCGUGAUGCUGAAGUUAUACCAAAAUUUCGCCCUGAGGAUAGCAACAGUAAUGUGAUGGGGUGGCUUCACAAAAUCGAUCAGUUGGGAGAUAUUUAUGGAUGGGAUGACACUGAUCGCAUAUUUAUCAUGCAACUUCGAUUACGCGGUUCUGCAAGGGACUGGUACGAAGAUUUAGAAGAAUAUAAUAUGUCGUGGGAAGAGUGGAAGAAUACACUACACACUGCUUUUCCUAGAUCGACUGAUUAUGCUGACAAACUGGAGCGAAUGCUGGCCAGAACAAAAGAAGACAAAGAGACAAUGACUAAAUAUUACCACGAGAAAUUGUCCCUACUACGAAAGUGUAACAUCUACGGUGAAAAUGCUAUUUCGUGUAUAAUUCGAGGCUUGCCGCUGGAGUUGAGGGCUAAUGCAAAGGCAUACAGUUGUGAAACUCCCGAACAACUGUAUUAUGGCUACUUAUCGGCACUGGAGAACCUGAAACCCGUGGUUUCAACCAGUACACGUAGAUCUUCAUGGGUGAGAGGAAACGCUGUGCAAUGGAACUUCAAUGGAACUUCGACUGUUCAACAACAGCCCAAGAAUUGCUAUGUUUGCCGGCGUCCAGGACACGAAGCAAAGGAUUGCAGACAACAACAGCGCUGCGAGAACUGUCGGCGCAACGGACACACCACGGCUACGUGCUGGUUUGCUCCGAGUUCUUCACGUCAUCAGCAACAAAAGGAAUUUGCAUCUACAACCGGAAACCGCAGCGAAGACCGUGGGACACGUUCUACACAGGAUGGCCGAGUGUUAACAACCACUGGGAACACCAGACGCAUCUAACCUAAUAUUAUUUAAUUAUUAAGUAUUACUCAUAUUAUAUAUUAAACCUCUUUAAUGAUUUCAAAAAGUAAAUAAAGUAAUUUAAAAAUAAUUGUUUAAAAAUGGAACGUCGAGGUUUUUAAA